AUGAGCACCUCCAACGACGAUGACUCCGGCUCUCCCCGCGUCACUGGCCUCUGGAUCCAAACCACCCCUGCUCCCCCCUCUCUCGUUCAUGGCAUCAACAUCCUCUCGCGUGUCCCAAUUUUCCUCGACCUCGACGAGGCGAACUACACUGCUUGGGCUCGUGCUUUCUCUGUUGUCUUCGGCCAAUAUGGUCUCGACGAUCAUGUCGAUGGCUCGCCGGCCCAAGGGGACUCUGACUGGGUGCAGAACGAUUGCGCCAUCAUCUCCUGGUUCUACAACCGCAUCGCUCCCGAGCUCCUCAGCGUCGUCUCCUCCGACGACACGAUCUACUCCCUCUGGGCUGCCAUCCGCGACCUCUUCCGCGACAACCAAGACACCCGUGCCGUCUACCUCGGUGCCGAGUUUCGUUCCUUCUUCCAGGGUGACUGUCGGUCCUUCAAUAUUGCACCCGCAUGA